CAUGCAUUCAUUCUUCAAAUAUUUGUAACAUUAUGUGCAUAUUACAGAAGAUUGCGAAGACUAGUGCAAAGGCAACUGUGAGAACAAAUGAUGGUGGUUCAGCAACAAUGAAACUAACAGCUACUGUGCCAAGACCAAGUGUCACUGUUAGUUUCAUAACGAUUUUAAUCAAAAUUGGCCAUCGCUGCUAGGAGAAGCCUUCUGGUUCUCGGCUCUCGAUCGAUCAACAUUUCAAAAGAAGAAAAAGUCUGGUAGGCUGUGGAGUCUCGCGGCCGCUCAGCCGAGAGUGACCUGCAGCUCUUUGUCUUUCGCUGCGUGUUCUGUUCUCUCUCCCGUUCUCCCCUCAACUAGCAGCUGCCUCGGACUCUCGUGACUCGUCUCAUCAAUCAUGGCGCCCCAAAGCAGCUGCCGAGGCGGCGAGGACCAAACCCUAGCGUCCUCCGCUGCCGCUUUCCCUCGCCCCCCGGCGUUGGCGCCUGCGCCGGUGGUGAAGACGACGACGACGACGGUCGCCGACCUCACGGACGUCAUCCUCCAGGCCAUCCUCCUCCGCCUCACCCCCGCCGACCUCCUCCGCGCGGCGCUCGCCUGCCACCGCUGGCGCCGCGCAGCCACCCGCGUCCUCCCACGCGUGCCGCCGCUCCUCGGCUACUUCUUCCACCCCAGGAACCCCGCCAAGCCGCCCCCCAAGCCGACGACGGACAAGACCCACUACCCUGCCGUCUUUCUCCCGCUCGACGCCUCCUCCCCGCGCCUCUCCCUCGACCUCACCACGGGCGCUGCCAGCAGCCUCUCCAUCCAGGACGUCCACCUCGGCCUCGUCCUCCUCCUCCCGCUCUCGCGCCCCAAGUCGCUCCUGCCCCGCAUCCUCGUCGUCGACCCGGCGUCGCGCCGCCGCGUCCUGCUCCCGCCGCCACCGCGCGACGACGCGCUGCCUGACGAUCGCUGGCGCCGCGACAGGUGCGUCAUCGGCGUCGCCGUUCUCGCGCGCGCGCACCCCACCAGGCUCACCUUCGACGCCGUCUGCCUCACCAUCGACGGCGACCGCCCGCGCGCCUGGGUCGCGUCCGUCCGCGAAGGCAACUGCGCCUGGCGCGCGUUGCCGAGGGCCGAGGGGGUCGUCGUGGACUUCGACCCGUGGUGCUUCGAGGCCCGCUGCGUCCACGCCGCUGGGAACAUCUACUGGCACAUCUGCAACUCCAGCCGCCGCUUACUCCAGCUGGAUCCUUGCACGCUGGAGUUCUCGUUCAUGCCCGUGCCUGCUGCCCUGGGGGAUUGCUUCAACAAGUACCGCAUUGGAGAGACGCCGGAGGACGGUCGUCUGUGCAUGGCAUCGAUCAUUGGCGAAGAAAGUCUGCAGAUUUGGGUGCGUGGAGAGGCCAGUAGGAGUGACAGGGGGUGGUUGCUAGAGAGGGAGAUUUGCAUGACCAAAGUGCUCGAUACUGUGCCUGGGCUACCCAAGGACAGCAUGAUGCGGAUGCUUUGCACCUGGCUCAGCGACAUGGACUAUGCCCGCACCGGGAAGGUGUUCAUCUGUACAUGGGGAUAUGGGCGCUACGCCUUCCAUCUGGAGACUGGCAAGCUGGAGCGCUUGGUGAUGAAAGAUGGCAAGGAGCAUGGAAACCCUAUCUAUGCCUACACCUUGGCCUGGCCGCCUGAGUUCCUCACUCCAAGAAACUGACUUUCUGGUUGUUGACCAGUGAGAGAAGAUAACAGUGACGCAAAUCAGCUGACCUCUUUGGUUUCUGGAUUACUAGUGCCGUGCCAUCUUCACAAAAACUCUUUGAUCCGUACUGUAUGAAUUAAUGCAGACAAAGCUAUUGUUGAACUUGUCUUUUCGCAUUUUCGGACUAAGAUGGCAUUCUGAACACACUAGUAGGGUGUACCACGUUAUGCUGGUUCCAGGCAAAAAGUAUAUGCCUUCUUGUCAUGAGAUAUUUGCCCCAUUAGAUUAAUAUGCCAUUUUGAAGACAUCAGGUGAGGAAUGUCUCGUGUUGUGCUGUUACAGCUGCUGAACCGUGGAUGGUUUUGUUCGUCACAAGACUAGUACCAUCUAUCAUGUUAUAUCUGUUUUGCGUAUCAUGUGAUGUGAGUUCAUCA